CCGUUGCGUAUACAAGUAACAAAAUAUAAAUAAAAAUGCAUCAAUAGGUAUUUUCACUUUUUAAAUUUAAAUUAACUAGAGAGCAAGUACAAUGUUUCGGUGGAAUUCAUCAUAUUGUGAAAACCGGUGUAGAAGUGGUAACAGCAGUUAUGGAAAUAAACCACACAGCCGAGGCAGCUAUAUGUUCAACUCCAGUGAAACUAAAGGAAAUAUCAAUGCCUUUUCAAACCCCAAAACUGUCGCUUUUCAGUCGUUUUCGAGAUCAUCGUCAGCAGAACCAAAAGCAUGGCAAAAUGGUGGAGGAAUUACUUCAAGUAGCAGUUACGCUUACACUGGUAACAACACCGGAAAUACGUAUAACCAGAGCAGUUUUACAUCUACAGUUCGUUUAGAGGAUAAAGAGGAACUACAGAGGUUAAAUGACAGAUUGUCACAAUAUAUAAUUAAAGUAAGACAGCUUUGGGAACAACGAGGACAAAUUGACUCAGUCGCUUUCAUUAAGUCAACAAAAAUCCUAGAAGAAGAGGUGAUAAAGCUAAAAGGAUUAUAUGAACACGAACUUGAAAAAAUAAGAAAGCAACUACAAGACAAUGCACGUGAUAAAAACAACUUCCAGCAACAAUGUGGGAUCUACAUGCAAACCAUUGAAGAUCUGAAAAAGAGUUUAUCGUUGGAAUCUGAUAAAAACCGAGGACUAAUUGAAAGGAUCAAUGGAUAUGAACAGGAAAUGAGUUACUUAAAACAAGAAAUAACUAAGUUGAAGUCAGCACCUAGAGCUGUUGAUGAAAGUCCGAUGCUAAGAAAGCAAGUAGGGGAUCUUUCUAGGGAAAGAGAAGACUUCAUGGGAAGAUGGGAAAAAGAAGUACACUUUAGAAAGGGUAUUGAAGAAGCAUUUGGUGCAUAUAAAAAGAAAGCAGAAUUCGACAUGAAUGUAUUAAACCAGCAGCUUGCUGACAUGACACAACGUUUUGAGGCGACCAAAUCUACUAUAAUGACUAUGGAGACCCGUAUUAGAGAGUCUGGCAAAUCUGAAACAAAUAUCAAGGAUCUACUAAGACAAGUGCGCUUAGCUGCAGAAGAGGAACUUAGAAAAUACCAAUCAGAUGCUGAAUUAAAAUAUAGCAAAAGUAUUUCCGCAUUGCAAUCACAAUUACAAGGCGAUGCUGGUGUAAUAGGAAAAUUGGAACAGGAGAAAACACAAAUCAUGGGCAGUUUCGGCGAUUUAAAAACAAGAAUCGCAUCAUUGGAGGCACAAAUUGGCGCCAUGGGCCAGGAAAAACGAUCAUUAGAGGCUUUAAUAGCGCAAGAAAGGUCAAUGGCUGCUGCACAGCUUCGUGAGAUGGAACGAAGAUUCAAAGAAAUGCAGAGUGCUCUGUUUGUAAAGUUAGAAGAGUUGCAUGUUUCUAAGGAAUCUUAUAUACCACUUAAAGCAGAGAUUGAAGCCAUGAAAAUAUUGCUUGCCGAGGAAGAGAAAAGAUUGAGCUCACCAAUAAAGUACACAACUACGGUCAAACAAACCUUCCAUCAGUCAGAUUCUUCGUUUACAAAUCAGAGUUGCUGUGAAAAUGGUGGUGGAUGGACUACAAAGAGUAGAGGAAGUGUUUAUGCGCCAGGGGCAACAACUACUCGCCGCACUUAUUACUCCAAAUAAACUGCAAUGGUUAAAAAUAGAAAAUGCUAACUACAUAUAGACUUUGAAGGAUAUAUAUACAAACGUUAUUCAGCUUGUAUUGCUUUAUAGUAAUUGCAUUGUACCAUCAGUAGAAAGUUUAUCGGUGGUUUAUUAUGUAGAACAAUUGUACCGAAAAUUUAAUUAUUCAUUUCAACAUUUAGAAUCUUACAUUGUAUUUUUUUUAUGUAAACUUAUUUACUUUCCGUUUGCCAUUAUUUAAAAAUGUGUCUGGAGGUAGUCUUAAGAUAGUAUGGACAUCUUUCGCCAUCAUAGCAGGACACAAAAGGUCUUUUUGUAAUCAAGUCAGCAAAAAUUGAUGCAUAAAAAACCCAACAUAUGGAUUAUGUUUAUAUAUAUAUAUAUAUAU